AUGUCAAACUACGAUGUUAAAGAGUGGCUCCGUGGUAUUCCCUCUGAUAAAUCCCUCUCCAGGCACCAUUCGCGCUCAACACUCAAGCGACGCCGCCCUCUGACUCCCGAGUCAACUGAUGACGAAGAGCUGGCUGGGGGAUCCAAGAAGAAACGUCAUGAAGAUUUGGACCAAACGCCGAAAGCAAAGAAGUUACAGACUAUAGGGUCUGAGUCAGAAUAUUCCCUCAGCACUCGGUCCUCAGUCUCCCGCAAGUCCGGCAGCAAAUCACCACAGAAACAAUUCAACGCUCUAGGUCGCCUUGAUAGAGGCAUCGAAAUCCGCGAACUGUCCCUUCUUCGGAAUUCGUCCCCUGACCUCAAAGAUUUUUUGAAUACUAUGCGCCGGGUGGCUCGUGGCCAGGGAAUAUUGCCGCUGUCCAUGAGAACGCUUAUCGGACAGAGUCAGGAUGACAGUGUCACCGAGCUCGACUCAGAUUUCUAUUUCUCCCAAGACAGAGAUGAGCUUGGGUGUACCCCCAGUCUAGAGGAUGUCAACGACAUACUUCAGGCUGCUGCAGAGUGCCAGGGAAACUUUCAUGCAGAGCCGGGCUGGAAUAUGCUGGUGCACAGCGAGGUCCUGCGGCUUGCUUUUAGACCAGCCGGCCUGCCAAAGUUUGAGCACAUGGUGAAUUUCAUGCCUUGCUCUACUGCAGGCCUCAUUGAUACGUAUCUGCCGUCGUCUAGCGUGUCUAAGAAGGUUGACUUCUGUGUUUACAUCGACCCUGCCCACGACGACGACAACCCGCCCGCAGAGUCGCAGUCAGCUGUCCUGAAUAGUCGAGACCAGCUACCUGAUGGAGUCAUCAAUCAUACCGACUAUUACCCCCUCCGCGACCGACCUGUUGCACUGAGCAUCGAGACUAAGAGAACGGGCGAGGGCUGGGAUGGUGCCACGCUGCAGCUGAGUGUUUGGCAAGCAGCACACUGGAGGCUCUUGGACCUACUUAACAGUGACCGAGAAGAUGAACCUGCACCUUUGCCAGGCUUUUUGCCCGGAAUCAUCAUCCAGGGCCAUGGCUGGUAUCUCGUCAUUGCAACGAGGGAAAACAUGAAGACGGUGUCUACCAAAUCAUCUGUGGCCUUCAAAUCCUUCGUAGAUGGGCGAGGGAUUCUUACUGGCCUUCCUUUCGACGAAUAA